GACAAGAUGGCGGCGGCCGGGCCUCUGAGGGUGGGAUUUCGGGUCCGGGUCCUUUACGGAUUCUAAGGCAGGAGCUUCUGGCUAGCGGGUCCGCGAGGUCCAAGGCAUGGGCUUUCCGUCGCCCUCCCCUCUCCUGUUGGGGCUCCUUCUUCUGCAGGGCGUCCUAAGACCGCUGUGGGGGGACCUCGUUUUCAUCCCAUCUUUCAUCCGCAUGUCCGGCCCUGAAGUCAGAGCAUACCUGGUUGGAGGCACCGAGGACAUGAGGGUGUCUCUGGCCCUGCUGCAGGACGAGGCGGAAAUAUUGCCAGUUCCAGCGUGUAGAGUGCUGAGCAAUGAGACAGAAGACUGGAGUUUGACUGUGACCCCAGUGAUGAAUGUGUUGGAAGUGACAGUGAGGUUGAAAAGGGAUCUUCAACAGUGUUCCUCUAAUGAGACAGAUUCCUUCUCAGAGUUACCAUGUAUUGUCCAAACUCUUCUGGUUUCGGCAUCUCACAAUGCAUCCUGUUUAGCACAUUUACUCAUUCAAGUGGAAAUUUAUGCCAACUCUUCUCUGACCCAUAAUGCAUCAGGUAUGAAAAGUUUUGCAGCCAGUCAGUCUGAGAUCAGAACAAGAAAAAGAAUGGAAAAACAGACAGGAGAGAACGUGACUGCUAUCCCUAACCAGGUGUAUCAGCCCCUUGGUCGCUGUCCCUGUAAUUUAACAGCUGGGGCCUGUGAUGUCCGCUGCUGCUGUGACCAGGAAUGUUCGCCGGAUUUGACGGAGCUCUUCCGUCAGUCCUGUUUCACCGGCGUUUUCGGGGGCGACGUGGAACCCGCCUCUGACCAGCUGUGCUCGGUGCCGGCGCCGCGCGGCGCCCCGGACUGGUUCCCGCUCCUGUGCGUGCAGUCCCCGCGCGCCACCGCGCCCUUCCUCGGCCUCUUCCACCGCGGCGCCGUGUCCCCUAAACAAGACUCUUCCUUUGAAUUAUAUUUGCAAACUGAUGUAAAAGACUUUUCAGAUUUUGGUUACAAACAAGGAGACCCAGUUAUGACUGUGGAGAAAGCAUAUUUUACUGUUCCACAGGUGUCCCUGACUGGGCAGUGCGUGCAGAAUGCCCCAGUGGCGUUCCUUCGGAAUUUUGAUGUCACAUGCAUUACCAGUUUGGAAGUGUACAAAGAACAAGUUGAUGUUGCCUCUGUGAAGAUAAAAAAUGGUGCUAUAGGAGGCAUCGUUAUACCGAAAGUAACCUAUGAGGAAGCAACUGAUUUAGACAAAUUCCUCACCAAUGCAGAAACACUUCUAAAUAAUGAGUCAGCCCUCAGAACCGUGAAUGUGGAAGAACAUUAUAUUUUCAGAUGGAAUAAUAAUACAAUCAGUGAAAUCAGUGUCAAAAUUAUUAGGGCAAAAUUGAAGGCCCACCAGAAAGGAAUAUUGACACAGAGAUUCACAGUUGAAUUUUUAAGCUACAACAGUGGCAAUGAAAAGGAAUUAUCUGGAAAUCCAGGUUACCAGCUUGGCAAACCUGUCCGAGCUCUGAGUGCCAGCGGGACAAAAGAUGCUCCGACUUUGAACCUUUGGCAGUCGGCUGGAAGGGGUUUGUGUACAUCGGCAACUUUCAAACCCAUUGUAUUUGGAGAAAAUGCCUUCUCCGGGUGCCUUUUAGAAACUGGGAUUGAUGAAAACUGUACGCAGCUCAGGGAGAAUGCUGUUGGAAGACUAAAUUCAUUAAUACAAGCAACACAUGUUGCAAUGAGAGGCAACUCCGAUUCUAAUAAUCUGAGCGACGGCUGGCUCGAAAUAAUACGUGUAGAUGCACCUGAUCCUGGUGCAGACGCAUCUGUUGGCCGUGCGAAUGGCGGCUGUGUGGAUAUUCCUGCUCAGCUGAGCGUCCGCAUCCUCAUCUCGGAUGCUGGCGCCAUGGAAGGGAUUACUCAGCAGGAGAUAGUUGGUGUAGAGACAAGAUUUUCAUCUGUGAACUGGCAGUACCAGUGCGGGCUGACUUGUGAAGAUCAGGCUGGCCUUUUCCCUAUCAGUGCUGAGGUCCAGUUUAUCCAAAUACCUGCGCAGUUACCCCGCCCACUCACUAGAUUCCAGGUCAAUUUUACGGAGUAUGACUGUAACAGAAAUGAGGUGUGCUGGCCGCAACUUCUGUAUCCCUUGACCUGGUAUUAUCAAGGGGAACCAUAUUCUCAGUGUGUUGCCAAGGGCUUGCUGUUGGUAUCGUUCCUCGUAUUAGCUCUGUUCCUCAGUGACCCCUGGACUAGAAUGUGCAAAGCAUGGAACUCGACUACCAUGUGACAUCUUAAAGACCAUCGGCAUUUCCUUCCGUGAAGUGCUGCACUCCUGUGUGCCGCUGUGCAAAAUUUUA